CCAGAUAUUUCCUUAGGUGAAUUUAUUUCAUCAGAAUUUCAUCAAUAUUUAACAGUAAAAAAGCCAUUGUUAGACGAAGAUGAAGUCGAUGAAAGAGAAAAAGUUAUUAAUUGGCUUACUAAACAACAUCCAUAUCUAAAUACAAUUGGAUCGAAUCAACUAAAUUAUCUUUCAGUACAAGGAUGGAAUUCUUUUGAACGUCUAUCAAAUGAUCAUCAAACAACUUAUAUUCAAAAUGGUUUUAUAAAUUUAUUAGAAAAAGUAUUUGUUAGUAAAAUAAAUAAAAAUAAAAUUGAACUAAAUACGAUUGUGAAACAAAUAUCGAUUGAUGAACAACAACAAUAUGUUAAUAUUACCAUGUUGAAAAACAAUAAUCAACAAUUAUUAGUUUAUCAAGCUAAACAUGUUGUUUGUACACAAUCUCUUGGUUGUCUUAAACAAUCUAUGCAUGAAAUGUUUAUUCCACCAUUACCAUAUCCAAAACAAGUAUCAAUACAAAAAUUAGGAUUUGGUACAAUUAAUAAAAUUUUUCUUGUUUUUUCUCAACCAUUUUGGGAUGUUGAUUUUGAAAGAUUUCAUUUUUUAUGGAACACAAAUCGAUCAAAUACAGAAUGGAAACUAAAAUGUUUUAUGAAUACACCUUAUGAUAGUCAAUGGUGUAAAAGUAUAAGUAGUUUUUAUGUUCAUCAUCGUUUAUCAAAUGUUCUUGUAACAGAAAUAAGUGGUGAAAAUAGUAAAUAUAUUGAACAGAUUCCAGAUGAAUUACUUUUAGUUGGAUUUCAAGAACUUCUUUGUCAUUUCUAUCCUGAUAAUGAAAGUCCAAUAGCUAAACAAAUCAUUCGAUCACAAUGGUAUAAUCAAACAUUUAUCCAUGGUUCACAUACAUUUAUUAGAAUAGGAUCACAUAUUCAUGAUAUUAAACAAUUAGCAAUGCCAUGUACAAAUGCUAAAUCAGCUGAGCCACUUAUUCUUUUUGCUGGUGAAGGAACACAUGAAAGAUUCUAUGGUACAGCACAUGGUGCUUAUCUAAGUGGUAUUCGUGAAGCUAAAAGAAUUAUUCAGUUAUAUACAAGUUAA